CUCUAGCGUUACGAGUGGACUAAUAACACCAACAGGACUGUGACGUAAUCAGAAUCACAAAGAUGGCGGCGUUGGUCGUGCCUCGCCUCGCCAUGUUUGGCAACUUUUCCAAAAGACCUAUCACAGUGUUCGUUGUUCAGCAGAAGAACCUGUACAAUGGCGCUAAAAGCCAGGAUUCCAUCACAAGUGCGGUUCCUGUCAGAGAGAAAAGCACGGCGGUGGCAGCUGCUAAACCAACAGCUGUUGCCAGCAGCAAGGGCGAGUAUGUCAUCACCAAGCUGGAUGAUCUGGUUAACUGGGCACGCAGGAGCUCCCUUUGGCCUAUGACCUUUGGCUUGGCGUGCUGUGCGGUGGAGAUGAUGCACAUGGCUGCGCCCCGUUACGACAUGGACCGUUUCGGCGUGGUCUUCAGAGCCAGUCCCCGACAGUCAGACGUCAUGAUCGUGGCCGGAACACUGACCAACAAAAUGGCUCCAGCUCUGCGAAAGGUGUAUGACCAGAUGCCUGAGCCGAGAUACGUCAUUUCCAUGGGAAGCUGUGCCAAUGGAGGAGGCUACUAUCAUUACUCUUACGCUGUCGUCAGAGGCUGUGACCGGAUUGUACCAGUGGACAUUUAUGUACCAGGCUGCCCCCCAACAGCAGAAGCCCUCCUCUACGGAACUUUGCAGCUGCAGAGGAAGAUCAAGCGUGAGAAGAAGUUGUCAAUCUGGUAUAGGAAGUGAUUGGGGCAUUAUAUGUAUGAGUGUGUAAGUGUUUUAUUUCUGCUUUAACUUGGGACCGCCGACAUGUAGAGUUGCGAAGACAUCACCUAAGUAAAGUCAAUGUUAUUUAAAAUGAGCUUUACUGAUGCUUGUUUUGAUCUUCAACUUUGUCUAUGAAUAAAUAAGUAAAAGAAACAUUA